CUGUUGUGAGGUUUUUAUGUAUUGUAUGAUUUUAUAACAGUUAGAUAAGAUAUCAUGUUAGAAUCUAGUGUACGGCAUAUUUAGUAUCUUUCCUGUUGAUUUAUUUGGUAAUUUUUAGUGUAUUGUAGCAGUGAGAUGAUACUUCAUGCAUCAAAAUGUUAGACAUGUAGCAAUAAAAUAAGACUUGUGUUAUUAGUUUAAUAUGAUAUCAAAUAGCUUAAUUAAAUUUUGGUUACUUCGUUCCAUCAUAACUUUGUAUGUAGCUUUUUAUGUUAGGCUUGUGGUAUGCAUUGUUGAGGUUUAACCACAGUGGUUACUAGCUUGUUCUAUCUGUAAUCUUGAUGCCUAAUUUAUUAUUUUUUAGAGUUGUUUCACAGCUUCUUGCUGAACUGGAUGGACUACAUAAGGCUGCAGAAGUAUUUGUUAUUGGUGCAACUAAUCGCCCCGACCUACUCGAUCGUGCCUUAUUACGGCCUGGACGGUUUGAUAGACUUAUAUAUGUGGGUAUUCCUGAAGAAAAAGCCUCAAGACUGAAAAUCUUAACAGCAUUAACUCGGAAAUUUACUCUGGGGGCUGACCUUGACCUGGAAGUACUAGUGGAUAAAUGUCCCCCAAGCCUCACAGGAGCUGAUUUUUACUCUCUAUGUUCCAAUGCCAUGAUAAAUGCUCUUGGUAGAAACAUUCAGGAGAUUGAAGCAGGUAAAUUUGAUUUCCAAUUGUUUGUUUAUUAUUUUUUCUGUAACCAAUAAGCUUAAUAAUUUGAU